CAAAAUUUAUCAUUAGUCUUGGAUUGCAAGAGUAUCCAUCUCUACAAACUAUACUUAAUCUUGCAGCAACAAACCAAUGCCUAAAUCUUCGUGAGAAAGCGCUUUUAUAUCUUGUCAAAAAUCUUAAAGAAAAAUAUUCUAUAACUUAUAAUCCAACUUUAAUUCAAAUGAAAUUUUUACCAUGUUCUAACUCUGACAAUUACGCGAAGCCUUCAGAAUGUUAUUCGGACCCUAAUUGUGCAAAAAUGGGAUUUAAUGUUUUGCAUCAAGACUGGUGUUAUUGGGCUGAACAAUUGGGAGUUAAACAACACCCUGAAUGCUGGUUGUUAAUUGCUAAAUUGGAGAAAGAUCCCCCAGGAAAUACGGACCAUGCAAAAAAAAUUUUUGGGUACUUGGCAAUGCGUAGAGGUUAUUUUAGUCAUCUUUAUUGGGCAAAACUUCAGAAUAUUAAAUUCAUACCAAUCCAAGAUAAAGUUCAACCGGAAAGAUUUAUUCAUUAUAGGCCGAAAGAUUGCUUUUUCAAACUAUCGAAUAAAAUUUACGCAGAUUUGUUUCCAUGUGUUGACUUUGAUGAAGAUGCGAACAAAUUUCUAGAAAAUUGUGGUGUUAAACAAGAACCAACUGCCUUGGAUUUAGCAGAAUAUCUUAUGUCAUCUUGGAAAUUAUGGUCAAAACAGGAUGAUAAGGAUCCAUAUAUUAGUAUCUUAAGAACGGUUUCGUAUAGUAGCGAAUUAAUGAAUUCUGUAAUACUAGAAAAAAUGAAAAAAUAUCCAAUUUUGAUAGGUUCAAAAAAGCAGAAUAAUUCUGGAAAAAUGACUGAGAGCUAUGAUCUAGCUUACGCUAAAGACAUUUUUAUAAAUGAUAAUAAUAGAUAUCAAGAAAUGUUUAAACCAUUUACCUGUCCAUUUGGUGGUUUAUUGGAAGAAUUUUAUCAAAAAUUGGGAUGUAAAUCCCUUGAUGCCAGCGUCAAAGUAGAGUCUAGGCAUACGGGUAAAGAGAGGAUUUCAAAAGUUUCUAAAAAAAUACAACAGAGAAUUAUAGAGCGUCUACCUGGGUAUUACUCUAGUAUCAUAAAUGGUGAUUUUAAGAAUGAUGAAACUUGGAUACAAAAUUUAGAAGUCAAAAAAGUUGAUAAAAUAGAAAUGACUUAUGAACUUAUUACUACACAUCAGAAAGAAACUGCUCAAGUUUCUGCUUGUAUUUCAGAGAGUGGAAAUCCAUUUAUUCUUUAUAUUACUAAUGAUAGUGAUAAUAUUAAUUAUGCUGACAUUGCAGCAGUCUUAGCCAAGCAUAUUCAUCGAAAACCUGAUAGGCAAAGUAGUAUAAAUUUAUUUACUUAUUUAACCUCUUCACUAGAGGAUCUACGGCAACUUGGUUAUCCUACUGAAAAUAUAAAAAUUACUAAUAACGUACCUGGAUUAUCUGUGGGAAAACCAUUAUUACCGGUUGCAGGACCAUUAUUUCCUGCAGCGGGACCAGUACCUAGGAAUCUAUCUAACGAUGAAUUAGAGAAUAAAUUAAAUAAUGGAAUUAUGUCUUGCAAAUCAAAUGAUCAAAAGUAUAUCCCGCGAGAUGAAACACCUGUAAUUGAAACUACAGUUAUUGAAAGUCAUUAUGCAAUAGCUAUGGAUAUGGCAAUUAGUGUUAAUACCAGCCCACAUCCAACAAAUAUUGGAGAUCCUUUGUAG